AUGUAUGACAAACUAGAUGUGAUGUAUGACAAACUAGAUGUGAUGUAUGACAAACUAGAUGUGAUGUAUGACAAACUAGAUGUGAUGUAUGACAAACUAGAUGUGAUGUAUGACAAACUAGAUGUGAUGUAUGACAAACUAGAUGUGAUGUAUGACAAACUAGAUGUGAUGUAUGACAAACUAGAUGUGAUGUAUGACAAACUAGAUGUGAUGUAUGACAAACUAGAUGUGAUGUAUGACAAACUAGAUGUGAUGUAUGACAAACUAGAUGUGAUGUAUGACAAACUAGAUGUGAUGUAUGACAAACUAGAUGUGAUGUAUGACAAACUAGAUGUGAUGUAUGACAAACUAGAUGUGAUGUAUGACAAACUAGAUGUGAUGUAUGACAAACUAGAUGUGAUGUAUGACAAACUAGAUGUGAUGUAUGACAAACUAGAUGUGAUGUAUGACAAACUAGAUGUGAUGUAUGACAAACUAGAUGUGAUAUGUGAUGACAAACUAGAUGUGAUGUAUGACAAACUAGAUGUGAUGUAUGACAAACUAGAUGUGAUGUAUGACAAACUAGAUGUGAUGUAUGACAAACUAGAUGUGAUGUAUGACAAACUAGAUGUGAUGUAUGACAAACUAGAUGUGAUGUAUGACAAACUAGAUGUGAUGUAUGACAAACUAGAUGUGAUGUAUGACAAACUAGAUGUGAUGUAUGACAAACUAGAUGUGAUGUAUGACAAACUAGAUGUGAUGUAUGACAAACUAGAUGUGAUGUAUGACAAACUAGAUGUGAUGUAUGACAAACUAGAUGUGAUGUAUGACAAACUAGAUGUGAUGUAUGACAAACUAGAUGUGAUGUAUGACAAACUAGAUGUGAUGUAUGACAAACUAGAUGUGAUGUAUGACAAACUAGAUUUGAUGUAUGACAAACUAGAUGUGAUGUAUGACAAACUAGAUAUUUUGAGAGCCCUCUGUGGGCGAGUGAACAGUGCGGAAGCGCAAAUAAAUCAUUACGGUCUGAGGAGAAUGGCGUUGCGAGGAGUUGCCAGGGGAUUUGGCCGAUGCUCAACACUCAAGGGAAAGGCGAGACGGAUAUACGAUCAAACAGCUAUUGGAACUUUUCGUUUGCUGCUGAAGAUAGGGAUGGAGCGCUUUUGGGAGUGA